AUGACACAACCUGUUGAUGUACAUGACAGGAGCCGCCUCCCUCCACCUUAAGCUGACAUAUGUGGUGUGUUGUUAUUAUGUUUCCAUAUAUCUGUGUUGGCUCCCUGCGGUUCUUCUGCUCUCAUCACUCGGCUCUAAAGGACGUUGCAGGCGGCCUGUGCGUUUGCACACGGUGCGCACGGUGGUAGUCACAAGGCUGCAUCAGAUAUUUCAUCUUUAGCUCCCUUUUUUUGCACCCUGGCUGCUUUGUUAGGACGCUCAGCGGCUUUGAAAUAUUUCUCAAGGGGAGACGACAAGGCCUGAAGAAGAUCACUGCAUGAACUAGAAUAAACACAACUAGAGCUGUCUCACAAGUAUUUUAAAGUUAAUAUAUAUUUUUAUUCCUAGCCCGUUUUUGUUUUAUUCUGGGCAUUUUUCCACUUUGAGGACUUUGUUUCUGUGUGAUAAUCUAAAGGACAUCAGUCAUGUUUAAAAAGAAGGAUCCAGAGAGACUUGUUUUGGUGUCAGGAGGGAGGAACACAUACAACACUGCAGGAAGCGUGCCCAACCAGGAGGCAUUACAGAUAGAUGGUGCCGGUGGCAUCAAGCAUUGCCACGACAACAGCCAUGCCCAGGAAGAUCGCGAACGAGAGAAGAAAGUUGCCAGGAAGAGGUUAUAUGUCGUCUCCGUCAUCUGCAUGAUUUUCAUGAUUGGUGAAAUCCUCGGUGGGUAUUUUGCAGGCAGUCUUGCAGUGAUGACGGACGCUGCCCACCUCUUGGUGGACUUCACCAGCUUCAUCAUCAGCCUGUUGUCCCUUUGGCUCUCCUCCAGACCUGCCACACACAAGCUCAACUAUGGCUGGCAUCGUGCGGAGAUCUUGGGUGCGCUGCUGUCAGUGUUCACCAUCUGGCUGGUAACAGGAGUGUUGGUUUAUCUGGCUGUGGAGCGCCUCAUCAGUGAUGACUACACCAUUGAGGGCACUGUCAUGCUUAUUACCUCUGGUUGUGCUGUGCUGGCUAAUAUUAUCAUGGCGCUCACCCUUCACCAGUCUGGACACGGCCACAGUCACGGAGGUCUCAGCUCACACAGCCACGGCCACAGCCAUGGCCACGGGCCCAGUCACAAGAAAGGAAAGGGACACAAUCAGAUCUCCAACCAUGCCCACUCGAAUGAUGACCAUGUAGACUUGGAGCAAAACAGCAGUGCUCAUGGACGGAGGGCUCAGCAGGCCAAUGCCAGUGUGCGAGCAGCCUUUGUCCACGUGGUGGGAGAUCUUCUCCAGAGCAUCAGUGUGCUUGUCAGCGCCAUCAUUAUCUUCUUCAAGCCUGAAUAUAAGAUGGCUGACCCCAUCUGCACCUUCCUGUUCUCCAUAUUUGUCUUGUGCACCACUAUCACCAUCAUGAGGGAUAUUCUUAUUGUCCUGAUGGAAGGUACUCCAGCAGGGGUGAGAUACAGUGAAGUGCGGGACGGUCUGCUAGCAGUGAAGGGGGUGACAGCGGUCCACAACCUUCACAUCUGGGCCCUCACCAUGAACCAGGCUGUGCUGUCUGCACACGUAGCCAUAGAUGACUCAGUGGACGCUCAAACUGUCCUAAGAGAAAUGACACAGGCCUGUUUCUCCUCCUACAACUUCCACUCUGUUACGAUUCAAAUGGAGAGACAGGCUGACUUGAAGCCUGGAUGUAUCCUGUGCGAGGACCCCAAGAUGUAGGAGCCUGCCUAAAAUAAGGCCAAGCUAUGCUUUUGCUGCUGGAAACUCUAAUGGUAAUAUUUAGUUUCUCUGCACUGCUCAUCGAACCGGAGUGCCCUCAUUUUGACAUUCGCAAAGUAAUGUUGAUAACGAAAUAACAAUUGGCAUGUGUCUGAAUGAAAGACAAGCUUCCUCAGGUUUGAAAUGAUUUUAGAAAAAGCUUUGUUUGUUUAAAAAAUGUAAAUAUUUGCUUUUAAAUGGAUUCAUGUUGAAAUAGGAAUCACACUGCACUACACUCAUAAACAGUUUUAUACUAAAAACGCAUUUUGUGUGUGACUUUUGGUGUUAUGUGACACAAAGACCUUUUUUAUGGAAAGGGUACAGCCACAGGCAUUUGUACACGUUCUGGUAUGUAAAUAUAGACCAAUAAAUAUUUCUAUGCAUGGACUUUUAACACCAGCAACCGCAGAUUGCUGAAAUAAAUCAUUCAAUAAAAUAUUCAUUUUUA